GUUUUUCCCGUCAUUAGCUGUCAUUGUCACGAAUCGGAGCACGCACUGUCGUUUUUGCAAUUUCCUUGUUUUUUCCUAAAAAUUCAGUGGUAAAUUGUUGUUCAAAUGGUGCGCUACAGCAGUGAGAUCAAUUGUUGUUAGUUGUAGAUCGGAAUUGUAGUUGAGAAUGGCCGAGGUUGUGCAGCGUCCACAGAGAUUUUACUGUCAUCUGUGCAGUUUGGAGAUUGAAAAUGUGUCGCAGGACUUCACCUGCCCACUGUGCUCGGGGGGUUUCAUAGAGGAAUUGCCGUCAGUUGUAGCAGCAGAUCCAUCUAGUUCCGAUGAUGUCGAAAUGCCCGAGUCUACUGGAGACGCCAAUGUGUUUCCGGAUCUCAAUCAUGAACUACUAUCGUCUCUGUUUAUGUCAAUGACGGGUGCGAGACCUCUGCCACCUGAAAGUGGUCCGGGUGAGGGGCAGAGCACCGCCGCCCGGACCAGAGGUCGCACCAAUCGCAAUCGCAUUGGGGUUGCGCACAAUGUGAACCUGGAUAGUUUUCUGCAUGAUUUUGUGAUAUCGGUGAUGGGAGCCGGUCCGGGGACACCUAUGUUUUUCAUGGGCAAUCCCGGGGAUUAUGCCUGGGGCCAUGAGGGCAUUGACACAAUAGUGACCCAGCUGCUGAACCAAAUGGAAGGAACGGGACCACCACCAUUAGCCCGGGAAAAAAUUGAUGAGAUACCCAAGGGAGAGAUCUGUCAGGAGCAAGUAGAAACGAAGCUUCAGUGUUCCGUGUGCUUGGAGGACUUUCAACUCAAUGAAACUGUGAGGCAACUGCCAUGCUCACAUCUCUAUCAUGAAAAUUGUAUUGUACCAUGGCUCGAGCUGCACGGUACCUGUCCCAUCUGCCGGAAAGCCCUAUCGCCGGAAGCUGAGGAUUUUACCAGAAGUAGUUUAAAUGCAGCUGCAACCUUGGCAGUAAAUUCAAUAAGAAAUACACUCUACAGAACUGAUAAUGAAGCCCCAGGAUCGUCGUCUAGUCAACAGAGUCAGCCACAGACGUCCACAAAUCCGCCAGAUACCAAUCAGGCGGACCAUCAGACACGAAAUCAGAGGCGCUACGAUGAUGAGUUUGAUUUUGACUAAAAAAAAAUGUUGAGAAAAAAGAAAAAAGACAACCCUCAAUCCCAUUUUUCUGCAGUGAGGAAGAGAAAGAGAGAGAGAGACGAUGUGUUUGCGGUUUCAUUGGUUAGAGAUCAUCACAAUCAUUUUCCAAGUAUGUGAAAUAAUUUAUCAAAUCUUAUAAGGGUCUCUAUAAUAGUUCUCAAAAAUGGGCUUUUUCUUUUAUUUGAACAAAAAUAAUCUGUCCACUUUGACACGGUUUUUUUACCAUUUUUUAUCUCAUCUCAAAAAACACUCAAUUUAAUGUGACGACUGAACAGAUCACAUUUUUUUUAUCUCAACUGCAUUUUUAUUGCGAUUGGUUGACUUUGAACUAGUAUAAUAGAUUACCAAUGAUUUGUGGCUUUUCCGUUCACCCAAAUAAUGUUUUGUGGGAUAACUGCAGACUGAGAGCAACAGGGUUGCUUGCUCCAUCAAAAUAAUCGGUUUAAAGGGAGGCUCAAUAAUUGCAAAGUUUUUUUUUUCUCUUUGGACAUCAUUGCAAAGCCACGUCUCACGAUUUGUCGCCAAUGUCAGUAUUUCCAUAUACCUAAAAAAAAAAUUAUACUAUAAAAAAAAUCAUUGAAAAAUAUUUAAAGAUGAUAUAUUGUAUAACACGAAAAAAAAGAUAAAAAAAGUACCCUCUGUCCCUUCAAAAUUUUUGUGCAGUUUCAUAUUUUCUUGUGUGAGAAAUUUGAGAUGAAGAGAAAAUUAUAUAUAUAUAAAAAAAAAGAAUAAAUCUUAAUUACUAUAGCUGCUAUUGUAAACAAAAUGACAUAGGUAGGUACUAAACGAUUUGCUUAAUUUAUCACAGUGGAAGAUGAUACAGAAGAUAAUGUAACGGAGAAAAAAAAAGAAACAAAAAAAAAUACCAAGUGUGAAGUCUCUAAUAAACAGACAGUAAAUAAAAGUGUAAAGAAAUUAUUUCUCACA